UCCCACCACAUUUUACAUUUAAGUAGCCGUUUCCAAUAAGAAUGAGAUGUAUAAAAGCAGCGGGUCCAAUUGUGAAAGUUGAUUGGAAUCAUAUGGUAACAUCGUCAAAUAGAAGCGGAGCAAAAUGGAUCGUGCCAGUCUCUAUUUUAUGGACCAGAAUGACAAGAACACCUACGACUUUGAUGAAACUUUGCCAGCAUUGCCACUACCCACGCUACGUGAAACCAUGGAGCGCUACUAUCUGUCUGUGCUGCCAUUUGGGAAUGCAGAGGAACUGGCGCAGACACGAAAAGCUAUACAGGAGUUCGAACUUGGCAUUGGGGGUCAAUUGCAUGAGAAGCUUAAGGAUCGUGCAGCAAAAAUGAAAAACUGGCUGGGCACCUGGUGGGAGGAUUAUGGUUAUCAUUUACUACGUUUUCCACUGCUGCCCUAUCAAAUCAUGUCGAUGGCGGCGCAACUUGAAAUGGUGGGAUCUCCCGAGACGCCGGAAUACAUGCUUAAGGGCUUAGCUCGCCUCGUUCACCACACGAUGGAGUUCUGGGAUCUGACUCGCAAGGCCACCAUUAAACCGCUCUCAUCCGGUGGCGGCAAGAUAAAGUACUCUUCGGCCCUAUACAAACGUUUCUACUCCACAUCUCGCGUUCCGGGCAUUGAGCAGGAUCACAUCGAGAAGCACUUCCUUACGACAUCCGAGGGACGCACGCCCACGCACAUUCUCGUCUCAGCUAAAGGGCGACAGUUCGUUUUCAAUGGCGUGAAUGACAAUGAUAUAAUACUGACGGCCCCCGAGCUGUUGGUUCAAUUGCAACGCAUACGGAGCAUCGUUGACUAUGAACCCGAGGGCGAUGGCGUGCCAGUUCUCACACAUGAUGAUCGUACCUCUUGGGCAAACAAUCGCAAUCGUAUCAUGGAGAUAUCGGAUGCCAAUAAGGAAGCAUUGCGUCUUGUUGAAAGUUCAGCCGUUAGUAUUUGCUGGGAUGACCACGAGCCCAAAGACUAUGAGGAGACUUCUCAGAUGGGCCUCUAUGGCGAUUAUCACAGUCGCUGGGCCGAUCGGAGCAGUACCCUGACAUCGUUCAAGAACGGACGAUUCACCUUUACGGGCGAGCACAGUUGCUACGAUGGCACUGUAAGCGUCAGCUACGCAACCUUUAUUCAAUUGAGUUUACUGGAGUGUGGGGAGCCGGACUGGAGUGAGGCGGAGCAGGCCAAAAUUGCACCGCUGCAAGAGAUAACAUUUCAGUUGGAUGAUGAGCUGCGUGACCAGAUUCGACGUGUGCGCAAAGAGGUGGAACAGCGCGGCAUGGAUGUAACUGUCACCUUUACCGUUUUCACUGAGUACGGAAAGGACUUCAUGAAGCCCCAUAAACUGCAUCCUGACUCAUUUGUUCAGGUGAUCAUGCAAUGGGCCUACUUACAAAUGCACAACGAGAUUGCGCCCAUUUAUGAAACUGCGCUAAUGCGUCAUUACUACAAUGGACGCACUGAGACGUUGCGUUCCUGUACGGCUGCGGUGCAUCAGUUUCUCUGCAUUGCAUCCAAUGCGACAACAAGCGGUUCAAGCCUCGCUCAGGCUUUUCGCACCGCUGUCACUGAUCACAGACGCAUGAUGGAUGAGGCCCGUAAGGGCCAUGGCGUCGAUCGUCAUUUAUUUGGACUAUGGUGUGCUGCAUAUGAGAACAAAUUGGAUAUUCCCAGUUUUUUCGAUGAUCCGCUGUAUGCGAAAAGCGGCGGCGGCGGCAAUUUUGUCCUAUCCACCAGCACACUUGGCUUCACGGCCAAUGUGGGAUAUGUGGCGCCCAUGACUAUGGAUGGCUAUGGUGUUUUCUAUUCUAUAACAUCGAACGCCAUUUUUAUCAACACUACUGCCUACCGCGAUAGUGCGAAGACCAGCGCUCGAAAAUUUAAUGAGAUCUUCAAAGAAUCAUUUCGCCGUAUGCGAGUGCUAUUGGAAGAAUUCCCUGACUCCAAACUCUAAAUGAGUGAAAUUAAACUAAUGUCUAUGUCUAAUAUUGUCCCGCAUUUUUAUACUUUUAUACGUUAAUCACACUGUAAAACUCGUUUAGCAAAGGUCAUGUUCUUUUGAUGUUACAAAAUCUCCCAUUCGUUACCGUAGCUCCUACAAUGGAGUAUCAUUUUUAGAAAAUGCAUGUGGUCGGACGGACUCUCGCAAAAUUUAGACGCUUUUAUAGCCAAUUUUAAUUUUAUUGUGAAAAUUUAACUCUUAAUUACAAUAAUGGCAAUUAAAUAUCAUUCCAAAGGAAAUAAAAUAUUGCA